UCCGCUGCAAAAAUUGAGGGGACAUAUAUAAAAUCGGCCGCGGGCGACCGUGGGCCGGCUUGCAUCGCACGACCCCCUUUGCCGGUGAAGAGAACAGAGUAGGCCUCGCACGCCAAUGGCAGGUGCACCACCAAAACCGUGGGAACGUGCUGGGGCUGAGGGAACAUCCGGUCCGUCGCCUUUCAAACCACCAUCUGGUGGCAGCACUAGCGAUGUCGUCGAAGCUUCUGGUACAGCUAAACCUGGAGAAACCAUUGCUGCUACAGAGGGGAACAUGUCUGCCAAUGUAAAUAACCCCAUCUCGAGGCCUAUGCCCCAACGUCCUUGGCAGCAAACAGGCUAUGGAAAUUCCUAUGGAGGAACAGGAUAUGGAUCCAAUAUGUAUAGUUCGGUUGGUGGAUAUGGCAGUACUUAUGGUAGCGGCGGGCUCUAUGGGAAUAGCAUGUACUCGAGCUAUGGAGGCGGUGGCGGCCUCUAUGGAGGUUCCGGGAUGUAUGGGGGAGGCAUGUAUAACAGUGGGAUCGGAAGCUCUUAUGGUGGUUAUGGUGUGGGUGGUAUGGGCGGCAUGGGUGGUAUGGGCGGCAUGGGUGGCAUGGGCGGCAUGGGUGGUAUGGGUCCUUACGGCAAUCCGGAUCCAAAUUCAUUUGGCCCUCCCGCAGCACCACCGGGUUUCUGGGUGUCCUUCCUACGCGUGAUGCAUGGUACCGUCAGUUUCUUUGGGCGAGUUGCAUUUCUUGUUGAACAAAACACACAAGCCUUCUAUUUAUUCAUUACAGCUAUGUUGCAGCUCUUUGAUCGGUCUGGGAUGCUUUACGGUGAGCUUGCGAGAUUUGUCUUGCGCCUGCUCGGAGUCCGAACAAAGUCAAAGAAAGGCCGCGUUCAGGGCGCUGAGGCCCCUGCAUUCGAGGGACCUGGCCAGCAGCUUUUUGAGGCACCAAAAGCUGCCAACAACUCAUGGGACAAUGUUUGGGGAAACUAAGACGACCUGCCCUUUUAUGUGCGGUUGAACUUAUAGAAACAUACAGUUAGCCAAGGAAAGAUUAUGAAAGCAUGCAUGUGAGCAAUCAAUCAGAAAGCGAAGAAGAGUGCCCAGUCGGAGGAAAUUAUCUGUUGUAGUUAGCGAAAGAACACAAGGGCUGCUCUUUCUGAUUUUCAUGGCUUAAUCUGCCGUGAGCCUAAUGAUGUCCAGUUUGCUUUGCUGGAGGAUGCAGUGUUGUUUAAGUAUUUCUGUUGUUUGUAUGUAUGUGGGGUAAAUAAUACUGUAUCUGUUAUCUUGAAAAGAAUGAAGCGAAAUGUAUUGUGUUUUCUCCCUA